UUCCGGUUCCCAGCGGCGUGUUCCUUUCUCCGGGUUCCUGGUAUCCUAGUAAGAGAGGGACCCCGGCUUCUCUCCUUCUACUUUCUACCGCUUUUCGCCCUUUGCUUCCACACUUGCCCCGCAGCUCCAGCUCCCCAGGUCGCUGCUUCAGCCCGCUCGCUUCCACCCGCGACAGACCUAUGGCCGAGCGCGGGGAACUCGACUUAACCGGCGCCAAGCAGAACACGGGCGUGUGGCUGGUCAAGGUUCCUAAAUAUUUGUCACAGCAAUGGGCUAAAGCCCCUGGAAGAGGUGAAGUUGGGAAACUGCGGAUUGCCAAGAAUCAAGGAAGGACUGAGGUGUCAUUUACUUUGAAUGAGGAUCUUGCAAAUAUUCAUGAUAUUGGUGGAAAACCAGCUUCAGUCAGUGCUCCUAGAGAACAUCCAUUUGUCUUGCAAAGUGUUGGAGGACAGACCUUAACAGUAUUUACUGAGAGUUCAUCAGAUAAACUCUCACUGGAAGGAAUAGUGGUACAAAGAGCCGAAUGCCGACCUGCUGCCAGUGAAAACUACAUGAGAUUAAAGAGAUUGCAAAUAGAAGAAUCUUCCAAACCUGUAAGGCUAUCGCAACAACUGGAGAAAGUUGUAACAACAAAUUACAAGCCUGUUGCUAAUCAUCAAUAUAAUAUUGAAUAUGAAAGGAAAAAGAAAGAAGAUGGGAAGCGAGCUCGGGCUGAUAAACAACAUGUACUAGAUAUGCUGUUUUCAGCCUUUGAGAAACAUCAGUAUUAUAAUCUUAAGGACCUGGUGGACAUAACAAAACAACCUGUGGGAUAUCUAAAGGACAUCUUGAAAGAAAUUGGAAUUCAGAAUGUAAAAGGGAUCCACAAAAAUACGUGGGAGCUGAAGCCAGAGUACAGGCAUUAUCAAGGAGAAGAGAAGAGUGACUGAGAGGCCUUGUAGCCAGAAUGCUGAUGGAACAGCUGAGUGGUGAUGCUAACCAACAGCCCUGUUACCAGGAAGCUUGAGCAUCCUAUGUUAAAAGGAGUAAAAUGAUUGGUACUUUAGUUUCUUUUAGUAAAUUUUUAAAUCUGUAAUUCUAUAAAAUUUCUUAAAGUGGUUUUUGAAAAAUGACAAAUUUAUUUAUAGACUUGUAUUAAACUUGUAAAUUCAUGAUGGGGAUAGGGGUUAGGGAUUAAGAGGGCUUUUCAUUUUAAAUGUUAACUUUUAAAAUGUUAAGAUUUGGAAAUGUUUGCUAAAUGAAGACUUUGUCCUUGCUGCCUAUCUGAGAAACUAAAGUAACUCAGGUCCAAAGUGAAUGAUAUACAAGGAAUAAAGGUCAACUACAGAAAUCAUUAAAAGGAAUAAAUAACCAAAGCUGCUUUUUUCUGAACUUGUUCAAAAAUGAAGUUGCCUUUUUAAAAAAAAAGUGAUCAUAUUUCAUGUUCAUUGGUACAUUUAUAAGACAUUCAGUUCAUAGUAGAAUGACAAUUUUUAUCAUUAGCUUAUUUUAUUCUAGUGAUAUUGAUAAGCAGAAUGAACAAAAUCAUUGUCAAGUCAUGUGUCUUUUGUUUGCUUUUAAAAUAAGUAAAAAUUGAAUACCUGUCCAAAAUUUCAAGAUUUAUCUUCUUCAGCCAGAUUAUAAACUUUACAAAGUCUGGCUUUGCCUGCAGAAUUUCACUGCCCAUUCAGCAGGUACAUAUUGACUUCACCUGGCAAGUAACACUGCCAACUAAAGGAGGGUUGUAGUGGUGCAAUGGAGACCGAAAAGGUUAGUGUCAGUUCCUAGGGCAUGAAAAUGUUUCUUUUAUCUUUCUCUUUAAUAUUUAAAUGAGCAAUACAAGUACAUGAUAAAAUGUAUAAGUACAUGAUAAAUUUUUUCUGACAUAAAAUGUUGUAUAUUAGGCAAUCCAAAAUCAUACCCACAAACAAAACCCCCCAAAAAAAGGAGUUUUAGCAAACUAAGCACAGUGAAAAGUUGUUUAAAACAUGAAUUCAUUUUGUCAUUUAGGAUAUUUGUAAUCAAAAAGUGGCAAAUGCCAAAAUUUUAAGAAAAUAUUACAUCAUUACAGCAAAGAGAUAGCUCUCCAUUGAGAGAAAUAAUGUUCUGUAUGAUUUGCUUUUAGCAGCAGGACAACAGAAUUCUUAAGUGGAGUGCCACUGUACUAAGAAAAUUUUUAUCUUUGCAUUCCCACCAUAAAAUACAACUGUGAUUAAGGAGGGUGGUCUCAUUCCUCACCCCACUUCAGUUGUCAUAUCCUACCUUGUUCUGGUGCAGGAGGCAGAUAUGGUAUGCCCAUUACCUCCUCUGCUGAUGACUGGAAGCCCAGUCAUCAAAAGCUCUCAGAUAAAGGUAUCGCUCUAUAGAAAUGAGAAUUCUGGGUACCUGCCAUGUGCAUGGUGUAUUACAUAGCAUGUAUCUUCCCACAAAACUUGCCCUUUUUUGCUGUAUGAUACUGUCCUGAAACAGA